UUUGCAGUCUGUGAAGGUCCUCCGUGCGGUGGUUUUCCUUUUGGCCAUCAUGUCAAAGCUAGGAACCAAGAGUGUGAUGGAUGGAGCGACCGAAACGUCCUGUAAUGGAUCAGCGGAAAGCCCUUUUGGACCCAAAGAAGAAACAAACAAUCAGAAAGUCCAGCAGAAGCAAAAUAUCGUGUGGAGGAAUGUCAUCCUAAUGUCCUUGCUUCAUGGUGGGGCUGUGUAUUCUCUCUUCCUCAUUCCCAAGGCCCAUCUGUUUACUCUGAUCUGGGCAUACAUAUGUUUCGUGGUGACUGCCCUGGGUGUGACAGCAGGGGCCCAUCGCUUGUGGAGUCACAGAUCUUACAAAGCGAGGCUGCCUCUGCGAAUAUUCUUGGCUGCAGCCAAUUCAAUGGCAUUCCAGAAUGAUAUUUUCGAGUGGUGUCGAGAUCACCGGGUGCAUCACAAAUACUCUGAGACAGAUGCUGAUCCCCACAACGCCCAGCGUGGGUUCUUUUUCUCUCAUAUUGGCUGGCUCUUUGUUCGGAAGCAUCGUGAUGUCAUUGAGAAAGGCAGAAAGCUGGACUUCAGUGAUUUGUUGGAGGAUCCCGUCGUUAGCUUUCAGAGAAAGUACUAUAAAAUUUCAGUUGUGUUGAUGUGUUUUGUCAUUCCUACUCUCGUGCCUUGGUAUUUCUGGGGUGAGAGCUUCUGGAAUUCAUACUUCCUGGCUUCCGUCCUCCGCUACACCAUCUCCCUCAACGUUGCUUGGCUGGUCAAUAGUGUUGCUCACAUGUAUGGCAAUAGGCCAUAUGACAAAAACAUCAACCCUCGGCAGAAUACCUUGGUCACUUUUGGAGCUAUUGGAGAAGGUUUCCAUAAUUAUCACCACACCUUUCCAUUUGAUUAUUCAGCCAGUGAGCUUGGCUUGAAAUUCAACCCAACCACAUGGUUCAUUGACUUCAUGUUUUGGUUGGGUUUGGUCACUGAGCGGAAACAGGCACCCAAGGAGAUGAUCCAAGCUCGCAAAGAGAGGACUGGAGAUGGCACUUAUUGA